CAAUCACAUAUUCCCACGUGUCCUGAAGUCUAAUGCGUCAACAUAAAAAAUGUUGUUAUUACCGACUUUAGCAAUGAAACAAAGUCUUUUUAGAUCGAUACCUUUGUCUUCGUUUAGUACAGUUCAUGUGAAAGGUGGGCCCUACAACUUUGUCGACGGACAGAAAACUGACUCCGUGGAUUCAAAUGGAUUCACAAAUGUUUUAAACCCUGCAACAAGUAAACGUCUAGCAAAGGUAGCUGUGUCUGGAGUAAACGACGUUGACAAGGCAGUCAAAUCAUCAAAAAAGGCUCAUAAUUCAUGGUCUAUGUUGUCAGGUUUUGAAAGGGGAAAACUGGUUUCUCAGUUGGGGCACAAGAUAAUAAAAAAUCUGGAAGGUUUAGCUCACUUGGAGGUUGAAAACAAUGGAAAACCCAUUUGGGAGGCUAGACUGGAUAUCCAAAGCUGUGCCGAUUGCUUUCUGUAUUUUGGUGGGAUUGCUUCCACUGUCACUGGAAAACAUAUACAGCUUCCUAACAGUUCUUUUGGAUUGGUGAAAAGAGAAAGUCUUGGAGUUAUAGGAGCAAUAGGUGCUUGGAAUUAUCCUCUGCAGACAUGCUCAUGGAAAGUAGCUCCUGCCUUGGCUUGUGGAAACACAAUGGUCUAUAAGCCAUCAGAACUCACUCCUCUCACAGCUUUAGCAUUGGCUGAGCUGGCAACUGAAGCAGGAAUUCCCAAAGGUGUAUUCAACAUUGUUCAGGGUUCAGGCGAUACUGGAAAGCAUCUAUGUUGUCAUCCUGAUGUAGCCAAAAUAUCUUUCACGGGAUCCGUACAAACUGGGAAAACUAUCUUGAAACUCGCUGCCGACGAUUUGAAACGGGUGACCUUAGAACUUGGUGGGAAGAAUCCGCUCAUCAUCUACGACGAUUGCGACCUUACAAAUGCUGUUAAAGGAGCCCUUCUUGCUAAUUUUCUAUCACAAGGACAAGUAUGUUCAAAUGGUUCUCGCGUCUUUGUUCAACGUUCGAUUGUUGACAGAUUCACCGUUGAGUUUGUUAAAGCUACUACUCAACUAGUAAUUGGAGAUCCGCUUGACAACAAAACACAAGUAGGGGCAACCGUCUCAAAAACCCAUGCCGAAAAAGUUCUUGCCUACAUAAAAGAAGCAGUAGGAGAGGCAUCUGUUCAGUUGUGUGGUGGGGAAAGAGUCCACAUACCCAAACCUUUUCAGAAUGGUUACUUUAUAUCGCCCUGUAUUUUAACCAAUUGCCACGACGAGAUGACGGCUGUGCGGGAAGAAAUUUUUGGGCCAGUUGCUACCAUUUUGCCCUUUGAUACAGAGGAAGAGGUCAUCCACCGUGCCAAUCAAACUCCAUAUGGACUAAGCGCGGGCAUUUUUACAAAUGACCUUAAGAAAGCACAUCGAACUUCAGAUCGUCUGCAGUCAGGCACGAUAUGGGUGAACAAUUUCAACAUCACGCCAGUCGAGCUGCCGUUCGGUGGAUUUAAACACAGCGGCAUAGGUGUUGAAUGCAGUACGGCAGCAAUUCAAUGUUACACUCAAUUGAAAUCUACGUACAUUGAAAUGAACGACGUUGAUUGCCCUUUGUAUAAUACUCAAUAGCUUAUGUGGAAAUUUCCAGCGAGGACUGACCUUUUAUUUAGUUUUUUAAUUGUGUUUGGUCCUAGCAGUCAGUUGGUACGGUGAACAUGGCGAGAAUUAUCCAUUAUCGUCUUUGUACACAUUUUAUAAAAAAAAUGGCGAGAAAGUAAGAGAUACAAAAUCAUCCAUCGUUUGUAAA